AUGAACCGCCCGGCAGGAGGCAGCAUGGCUGGAGCGACCACCACGUCCAGCCAGACCGGUGCCGGUGCUCCUCUGGAGCCAACCUGGCAAGGAUACUGCGGCAGCACCAUGGAUGCCCUCUUCCUUAUUGAGUGGUGCCUUCGUGGUUCUGGCAAGCACGUCCCAAGGCGACCGCACGAUCGUGAGAGAGCCGAACUCAUCGUUAGCGGUAACAUCUUCAUCUACGAGGAGCACGCCAGUGGCAUCAAACGAUGGACUGACGGUGUCCCGUGGAGCCCCAGUCGUAUCCUAGGCAACUUCCUCAUCUACAGGGAGCUCGAUAAGCCGUUUGAGCCCGGCCAGAAGAAGAAGGCCAAGCCCAAGAAGGAAAAUGGCGUGACCAAGGCGACUAGCAACCAGAGAUCUAGCUCGAUCGGCCACUCUGGAAUGAUGGCUAUGGGAUCAGCCACAACAUCGUCGACCACGACAUCGACAUCGUUCAAUAACCAGAAUGGAUCUGGCCAAGGAGACGCCGAAACACGAGCUCUGGUAGGGUCACUAGUCGACAGCUACCAGUUCAAGCAGGACGGUCUUAUCAAGAAGACUAUCAGUCUGUCGUAUAACAAUAUUACACAUCACAUAGUAUCUUAUUACACUAUCGAAGAUGUCAAGAACGGUAAUUUGAUGCGACCAAGCGAGACGUUCUUGCGAGGAUUUCCGCCCCGGGCCGAGCUCAUCCAGAACAGCAACUUUCGAGCACCGGUUGACGACAACGACAUCUUUGUCAUGCCCGACGACCCGCGUUUCGCUGGUUACGAUCCUCGAGCAUACGAUGAUGGCAGGUACAUGAUGCAAGGCAUCUACACGAAUACAGUCCCGAGAUCGAUGUCGGUGCCCACGGUGCCCAGCGUGCCCGGCCUUCACAUUGGAUACACAGCGCAAUACGCACCCCAGAACUACGCGGUUUCCCAGUCGAUAGCAACGACCAUGCCUUCCACAGCUCAUAUCCCGGCCGGCUACGCUCCGCCGUCUGCCCAAUCUUAUACAUACGACCAAAAUUCACUGUCGUCAAGAUAUGGUUCACAGGAUUCGAGCUAUCUGUCUGGUGGUCCUGUCCCCAAUUCUCUUCGAAGACACACGUCCGUGUAUGGUGCGAACGGCAAUAACCAGCACUCUUUUACUACCCCGGCUCUCCCAAGAAGCCAACUGAGUAGCAGCGUAUUGCCGAGCAAUGGUGACGCCAACCACAGCCUUGGCAGUGGCUCUUUCAGCACUGGCGCGGAUAUCUAUGGAACUCAACCCAGCUCAGGGAGCUCCAAUCACCAUCUGUCAUACGAUUCGAACUCGGCAGCUCCUAAUACCAGUUCAUACACAUCGCAGAACUCGGCAUCAUCUUCUUUUGAUGGGUUGCCACAUUCGCAGAGUGCCACAAGCUCAUCUGGUCCUGUACAACCCGCCACGGACUACGACGGCUCGAUCUCAACUACGAAUGGUACGACAGGCUUUCACUCGACGAGUGGCGGAGCAACUCCAGAUGAGCUCAUCCCACCCCGGGCUAGUGGUUCUGAAUGGGGCAACAGCAGCUUUUCUGGUUAUCAGCAUUAG